AUGGAAGAAGCCAAAAACCCAAGUUUGGAAGAAGACUUUGAAGGACAGGCGACACAUACAGGACCCAAAGGAGUAAUACAUGAUUGGAGAAAGUUUAAAUUAGAGAGCGAAGAUAACGACUCAGUCCCACCGAGCAAGAAGGAGAUUCUCAGACAAAUGUCUUCUCCUCAGAGUAGGGAUGACAGAGACUCGAAGGAAAGAUUCAGCAGAAAGAUGAGCAUUCAAGAAUAUGAACUAAUCCACCAAGACAAAGAAGAUGAAACUUGCCUUCGUAAAUACCGUAGACAGUGUAUGCAGGAUAUGCACCGGAAGCUGAGUUUUGGGCCUAGAUACGGGCUUAUGUACGAGCUGGAAACUGGGGAGCAAUUCCUGGAGACCAUUGAAAAGGAGAAGAAAAUCACCACCAUCGUUGUUCACAUUUAUGAAGAGGGCAUUAAAGGCUGUGAUGCUCUAAACAGUAGCCUAACAUGCCUUGCAGCCGAAUACCCUAUGGUCAAGUUUUGUAAAAUAAAAGCUUCUCAUACAGGGGCCCAGGACCGCUUUUCCUCUGAUGUACUCCCCACACUGCUCGUCUACAAGGGUGGGGAACUCAUAAGCAAUUUUAUUAGUGUUGCUGAACAGUUUGCUGAAGAAUUUUUUGCUGGGGAUGUGGAGUCUUUCCUAAACGAAUAUGGGUUACUACCUGAAAGAGAGAUACAUGCCCUAGAGCAGAAAAACAUGGAAGAAGAUAUUGAAUAA